AUCUCGGUUGCAUUUGUAUGUAUGCAGUUCAUUCUGAAAUUUUGUGGGCUGUAGUGUGCAAUAUCUACGUACAUAUUGUGUUAACUUUAACAUUCGUCGAAGUGCGGUGAUCGUUCGUUGGAGUUGUACGAUCGGACGCACGAAAACAGAUUUCGUUUGCUGAUAUAUUUGAGAAAGUUUGAAGUCAAAACAUUUAUCAAAAUGACGAUCAUCACAAAGGCCAUUACUGAGAAGAAGGCGGACGAAAAGGAACAACCGGUGUUUGUUGAGGAGAAUGCAGUGGAAAAUGGUAAAAGAGAUGCAGAGGCUCAAGAUUUGAAAUCUGUGAAAGGUCCCUAUUUUGUUUCUCGAAAGAGUAUAUAUCGUAUUCAUGUGACUUCAACAUUUUUGUUGUUCCUUGUUGCACUUAUGAUAUUUAUAAUUGGAGUUAUUGGUGGUUUAUACCUAUAUAGGCAGUAUGCCCAAACACAGAUGCACAGAUUUAGAACAGGAUGGUACAGCAUUCCCUAUGACAAUACAGAUAAAUUACCUUAUACCAGAGAUGCAGUACAUCAAAGCUUUAUAGCAAAUUCUGAUUUGAUUUUGAAAAGUUUAACAAAGGCAACAGAGCAAGAAGCUGUGGACAUUGAGAAAAAUAAUGAAAUUAAAAUUGAUGUACCUGAUUUUCGUGGUGGACGUCAAGGCCGUUUUAUACAUGAUUUUAAUGUUAGCAAAACUGGUAUCAUUGAUAUUGAUGGGCAAUGUUGUUUUGUGAUGCCACUGAAUCGUCAAACGGUUUUACCACCGCGCAACAUGUAUGAUCUUCUUAGAAAAAUGUAUAAUGGUUAUUAUGAAGUAAACACAGAAAUUGUACGUCAAACAAUGAAAGUAGUUACACCACCAAUCACUGAUUUAUCUGUUCUUGGUACAUACAUAGCUCGUGAAUGUCAAGAUUUACCAACAUAUAUGUUGACAGAAGUAAAUUCAAAUGUUGUUAAACGUAGCAUAUCAAGUGGUGUGUUUGGCCAAUUUGCAGGAAAAAAUAUCAUAGAAUUUGAUAUUUUGAAUUUAGAUGAUGUUGAUAUAUAUAAAAAAAGUUCACAAGAUUGAACAGAAGGAAUUUACAAUUAUUUUAGAAUAUUUACCACCAGUAGAUGUACCAAUGUAUAAAAAUUGUAUCCAGCCCAGCAAACUUAGGUAACUUCUUUGUAAGUUGCUGCAAAUCUUAUUCCCGCCAACUACUCCUUCUUUAAGAAGUCGAUUUGAACUAUUUACUUUCAAAUAUACAUUCACUUUCAGGAAAUUCAUUAAGUCUU